UGAGCAUGGCGCUCUACACUUGGCGAGAGCCGUCGUUGACAGUAGGCAAAUGUACACACAGUGAGCUAGGAAGCUAAUGCUACGGUGCAUUACAUACUAGAGAUCCCGUCGUGUAAUGGCAACACUCGCCAGCUGAUCAAUGUGGUCCGCUGUGUGUAAACAAUGCCCCGAAAAAUGUACACAAUGUCGUGAAUAAUUAGGAAAGCGUGGGGCUCGAUCGUCUGAAAGAAGCUUAAAUGCUUCGUCUCUCGCAGAUACGAUAAGAUGAAUGGAGAACGCAUGUGGAAAUGAUGUAGUGACUAGCAUCUCGUGCGAUGUAAUGCAUCGUUGAUAUGCACAACAUGUAAGGAGCAUAUUACAAUUGAUGCGGUAUGGUACGUACAGCCACUGUGCGUGUGGAUGUGAUUGAUGCUUCUAAUGGAUGUGGUUUGACAGACCUUCAAUAAAGAAAGCCUGCAAUCUGUGAAUCGGUGUCGUCUACUUAGUGUGCGUGACAUCAACCCCCAGCCCACAUCACUGAUGUAUCAGCCUUCAUUUUAAGGCUAGUCUUUGUACCAGUCGUACCAUCAGUUCAAGACUACUGCAGCUUUCGAAGGAUAUAGAGGUGCGAAUAUACUGAUGAGCUGUGACGUGAGAAAGUACAUCUGAGUGAAGACGAAGUUACAAUGCGAAGCAAACGUAGACACAAAGCAGGGGGCUGGCUUGCUCGCCUUCUCCCAUGCCAUCUAAGACACAGGGACAGUACCCUCUUUAAGCUCACGGUACUCGUCUGCUUGGUGUUCCCUGGGUAUAUUCUUCUAUUCAACCAUUUCUCCAACCUGGGUCUCCUAGGUGAGAUUCGGCAAGGGGGCGACCAAGCUCAGGAGACCCCCGGGCGGACUUUACAUCUGGAGCCGGUGAAAUCCACUCAGAGCACAUCGCUCCAUCAAUCCAGACUUAAAAAAGAUGCAUUGCUCGGGGAUAUUUCUCAAGGAAAGGCGGUUCGGGGAGAUGGAGGAAACCAAGACACUUCGGUUGUUCGUCAAGAGAGAGAUUUACAUCAGGGUCGUGGGUUAGUCAACUACAGUCAACAUAAGACGCAACUUAUAUCAGGGAUACGAGUACUAUAUUUAGGUUGCUACCGUGAUGAGACAGAGAGAACGUUGAGGGCGCUUCGGGAAGGAUUCUUAACUGACCUAAGGCGCAUGACAGUUGCUUUGUGUGUUCGACACUGCAGUAAAAGGGGAAGUUACUACGCUGGUUUGGAGUUUCAUAGCGAAUGUUACUGCGGUAAACGUAUCUACCAUAACCAACCAGUAAGAGACAACCUAUGUAAUGCAACAUGUGCAGGCAACACAACAUCAACGUGUGGGGGCGCACCAUACUUAUCAAUGUAUCAAAUACUAGUAGAAAACGGACAUCAUGCUACUGGUGGGCAGCAAGCCCAGCAAGUUGCAGCAUUAGACACCGGACUAGCGGAUGAUUUCAGAGCUUGUCUUCCGCGGCCCAUCACGCCGUGGAAACAGUCCAUAUUCCCGGAUGGUUUCGUCACCUUUGAUGACAAAAUGACCAUUACGUCAUGCAUCGCUACAUGUUCGGAAAAGAAGUUUCCUCUGGCCGCGUUAGGAUCAGGAACAGAGUGUCACUGUGGAGCCUUCAGUCCUGAAUACCGUAUGCAGAAAGUGCUACCAUUGGGUGAUUGUAACACUCCAUGUAGAGGUGAUGUCAAGUAUUAUUGCGGAGGAGACGGUGCGAUGUCAUUGUACCAAACAGCGGCAGAAGAUACACGUUGCAAUGGCACUAUUACUCUGAAACCUGAGGGUACCAUGCCAUUGGUAGCAGUAUCAAGUUUCCCUGGUUCCGGUAAUACUUGGGUGCGUUAUCUUAUAGAGAGGGCAACUGGUAUCUACACGGGUAGCUUUUAUAAUGACGGUGUUCUAUUUAAACAAGGGUUCAUGGGGGAGCGGGAGAAAUGGACAAAGGGGAAUACGAUAGGAGUGAAAACACAUCGCUUCGAUGAGAAACACGUCAGACAGUUCGAAGCUGCCGUUCUCAUCAUUAGGAAUCCCUACAAAGCCAUUAUCUCAGAACACAACCGGAAGUUCGGCGGCCAUGUUGGCUUUGCACCGGAAGCUCAGUACACAAAGGGAACAGAAUGGACAGCUUUUGUAACUGGAAAAUCAAGAACUUGGGCCAACACUGCCGUGAAUUUCAUCCAGUACAGCAAAAGAGUUCACGUGGUUUACUACGAAGACUUACAAACAAACCUUUACGAUAAUCUAAAAAGGAUUGUGAAGUUUCUCAAAGUCCCAGUUGAUGAAGAAAGACUUCUUUGUGUCUUGAGCAGCCCCUUGGGAAAGUUCAAGAGGUCGGGCAAGCCAAAACUUCCUUCUACCUUCGACCCUUAUACGGAGGAGAUGAAAGAGAUGGUUGAUCUAUCUUUGAAGACAGUUUCCAUGGCCCUUAAACUCAGGAACUGCACUGGGCUUCCUAAGGAUUACGACCCAAGAAUACAGCUCUGAGAGGAACACACUAUUGUGAUGUUUACAUAUUCUUACAAUAUUUAAUAAACAGUGGAAUAAAAACAAUAUUUAUGAUGGUAAGUCGGCAGUGAGUGCCGAUGUGACGAUAAGGUUUGACAGCGUUGUUUAACUAUUGCAGCGACACUACUGGAUACGAAUGGAAACCGUGUCAAACUUUCCCGCCAAGCCUCAGUAUAGAACAACUGCAGCACAGCAAACUAUAUAGCUGCACCAAUGGUAGACUGGUAACCUGUCUUUAUCCGCAAGGAUAACAAAUACAGGUACUUGAGAACCAUUGUUUUGUAUGGAUACAAUCAUUGCAUUGGAUAAACGUGCAGUGACGUGAGCUUUCUAUAUCUGUGAUUUGAUUGGUCGGUCCGAGGUGACGUUUGGCAAAUGCACUUGCGGUUGUCUGCAUGAAUGUUGGUGAAAGGUGAAGAUGGACGGGGAUUUACCUAAGCUGUAGGCCACUCUCUGGCGUAAUUCACGAGUCUGGAAGUGUGACGUCAGAUGUUCAGGCUACACCAAUGGAAGGUUUAAUACACACAGUGAUUAGUUGUGGUGUCAGGAAGCUAUGGUGUGGUCGUACAUAGUCCAUGUUAACACUGCAAGAAGUAUUCCAAUUCAACACAUAUCGUCCGUGUGUAGCGUGUGUAAAGCUUUGAUUCAACAUUAAAUGCUUACCAUUGGAACAAACGUUUCGAUUGAUGGUAUUCAGGACCUACGCGAAGCCGUUUUGUGCUUUGUUCUACAAAGAGUUGCGCAUUCAUUGCUACAUGUAUUGGAGCAACACAGGUUUACCCCCUGUUCUCUCGCUCUACGUCUAUUGCUUCUCGCUGAGUUGACAUCUUAUUCUCAAACAGUACUUCCAGUAGAUGCGAAGAUGUUGUAACAAUGCUUGGUUAUCGUAUUACUUUCUUUAAGACAUUUCAUUGUGUGUGAUAGAAAAAACUUGACAACGAUUCUUUUUAUCUUUAGUUCACAAAAUCUAGAGAUAAAUUCUGAAUCGUCAAAAAUUGCUGAAAAUGUAAAUGGUAUUAAUUUUGUGUUAAUUUGUAGUCAAAGAAUGAUGUCAACCUUAUUUGGUACCAAAUUUAUCCCAGGGUUUUUACCACUAUCUGUCUAUCUGAUACUGUACGUAACGUUUCCUUAACACAAUAUUUUUUGGGGGGCAACAUAAAGGGAACGGAUAUCCUACUAAACACAUGGUCCUCAAUGGGUACAAUUUCCUAGAGUUGUAAAGCAUUCCAUUACAAAUAAAUCACUAUGUCUUACAUUUCUUCCAUUCCAUGUUACAGCUGCGUAAUAUUACAUUCCAUCUGAAUGAAUGACUUUAAGUCUUGACCAAAUGGCUGGUUAAUAUUCUCAAGAUUCUAUGAUCAAAAACCCGCCACCAAAACAUGUCUUGCAGUCACAAUUCACUUCCUCGACCUUCUCCUGAAGACGAGCAGAGUAUACUGUUCGAAACGUCGAGACCAAACCGGCUCUUUUCAGAGCCAACACUCACUCAAAAGAGAUUUACACAUGGUUGUACCCGCAAGUUUACUAUUCCUACUUCUCCAAUACGUCAAUACAAAAGAGAUGAUCUUACUCAUUAAAGUUGUCAGUUUCCAGAGCUAAAUAGUUUCAUUUUCUACUUGCACAUCACUCCCAAGUGUGUUCAUUUUGAAACUAUAGCCAUAAAUAUUUAUCGAUUGCUUACUAACUGUUAGUUCCCAGUGCCACAGAUCUACUUCAUCAGUCUGCUCCAAUACAAAAGAGACAAUCUUUCUUUUAAUAUUUUACGAGCAAGGAAAUAUUAAUAUCGACAGUUUCGGGGAUCCACAGUUUAGUUUUCCAUUUACACAAGCUGAUACCACUCCCAAGUGUGUUCAUUUUGAAAUUAUAGUCAUAAAUAUUCCUCCAUUGCUUGUACUGUUGGUUCCCAGUGCCACAAAUGUGUUGGCAUUCUUGCAUGGCCUACGUCUUGCAUGUCAACAUUCGUUGAAAUCAGUUUCAUGAUGACGUAAAUCAAGAUUAGUUCUAAACGUGGGGUGGUACCUGAAUGUCAAAUCACCGAAGAACACGGACCAACCUUGUAGUCACGGACCGUCAGAGCCCAUGUGUCAAUCAGUGGCUUUAGACGGUAUCAUGUAAGCAUCACAUUUCGCUUGUUUUUGGACUUUAAAGAAAAGUGAUAAGUGAAGUUAACUCUUGUUUCCAUAAACAUUUUUUCUUGAAGACAAGCAGAGUAUGGUGUUCGAAGCGUCGAUACCAAAGCGGCUCAGAGCCAACACUAAGCGGCUCAGAGCCAACACUUCCACAAAAGAGAGAUUUCUACAUGGUUGUAUUUGCAGGUUUAUUAUUUAUUUAUAGUUUUUUCCUAAUCCACACCAUACAAAGCUUUAAACAAUACUUACUGAAACUUAAGCAUAAACUUAAACAAUAAUAUGUCAGCAGCUACUACAACAGGUUUGGUGUCCUCGUUUGUAUUGUGUGAAAUAUUUGGGAAGAGAGGUUGUUCCCAAACAUUUGUCAAUCUAUCAUCAAUGCUUCAGCAUGCUGAGUAUUAGUUUUAUAUUCAAAUUCAAAUACUUUGUAUAGCUGGGAAUUUUGCUGACCGAAAACGUGAGCACCUUUAGAGUAUUCGAUACAUGUUAAAAGUAGUUCUACUGCUGAACUUUAAAAUAUGUAUCGUUAAUCAUACUUGGAUGCAUAAUCUUAAGAUACCGAGGAAAAUGCUAUGCAUAUAUUGAGGCUGAAAUUUUAGUUUGUGGUAUUUAAAAUUGUGAACUUUUCCAGCAGUCUUUCAAUUGAUAUUUGCAUAAUUCAAUUGUAGUAAUUAACAUCGAGUUUUUAAUUAGAUCAUUUUAUGGAUAACAUUUAAAUUAUAACAAUCAAAUAAAAUAAAGGUUUAAUUAAAAUAACUAUUACUUAAAAAUGGUGAAAUUAUUGAAAAGGUAAACUAACAAAGAAAAACUUGCUAUUUUUUUUAGUAAAGGCAACGUGACCAUGCCCCUUGACAACCAGGUAAUAAAUAAUGAUCAUAAUAAUGAUAAAUAAUUAUGACAACUGUUUCGUUAUACACAUUUAUCUCGGUAAAGUAAACGACAUAAUUCCCAUAACGUCAUCACAAGAAAGGCCCCAGUUUAAAAAUAUUUUUUUAGUUCAAAUGACAGGGGACCAGUCACAAAUAACAAACACUACAGUAGUUUUUGGCUGGUCAUCUGUUUAUUAAUCAGCAGGACUUUCUGUGCGCAUGACAUUUUUUAUUCUUUGCUUCAUCACGAACUUUAUUACCGGCUUUAUUAGAAAUACCAGUGUCAUCUAAGUCAGCUGUUAACACAGUAGUUCUGACGAUAUGUGUUUUAAGUUUAUUUCACUUUCGAUUGACUAAAUUAGAAAUACUCAAGACAUGUUGGUCCGAAGGGAACAGGCAAAACAGACGAUGUAUGUUUAAAGGAACUAUACCGAAUUGGUAAGAAGAAAUAAAGUCGUGAAGAUCACAGACUUACAAAAAACUUACUCUGUCUAAAGGCCCGGUCACACAGGCCCGGUCACACAGGCCCGGUCACACAGGUUUUUGCAGGCUAUUUGCUGAAAACAAAUAAUGACCAAGAGGAUAUACAUUUGAAAUUAACAUAAUACACAUUGAAUAUUCCCCUCUGGAUUGGGAAUGGCCUAGUCCACAUAAGCUGUUCGUGAAGCCACCGGGAUAACUCGGGGGAGUUUAAGCAAUUACGCUGAUGGUUUACGUAGAGAGCUUACAACUCGAGUAAUUAUUGCAUUUCAUCAAGUAGAGUACAGUAGGGUUGCAACAUGUAUUCCAUAAUGUCAAUUUAAAAUAACCCCUAGAUAGUACUGGUAUUUGUAUAUGGAUUUUUGAUUUAAGAUUCAUGCUAGGUGAAAUUACGUUCACUAAUAAUAAUAAUCCAUAAUCUAGUGUAAGAUCGUAAAUACUUCAACUGAUGGUAUGAUUUCGAGAAGUGGAAUAAGAAAAACAGACAAGUUUAAUUUAUUUUAGUUAACGUUGUUGACAGAUUGCUUUGACCGACGUUCGCAAUUCUAGUAUCAGAAGAAAACAGGCUUUAUACAAGUAAGUCUAUAACAGUUUACACAACCAAGAAUCAGUAAAACAGUUGAUUUUGAUGACGCAAACGUGACGUCAUUACUUCAGACAAACUCAUGGCCGUUCUAACAAAAUACCGUCCGAUGUCUGUAAUUAAAAAGAUUGUCAUGCAAGAAAGAAAAAAAACAUAAUAUGAGGGCCCAGUUCCAUAGAGCUGCUUCAGAAGAAAAUUAUGCCAAACAAUUUCCUGCUUAGCAGAAACAAUCAGAACACCAAUCACACAUUGUAUAUAUGACACGGUAUUUUUGGCUGGUAACCUUAAUUUGGUAAGCAUAAUGUUGCUGGGCCUUGCUACGUUUUGUGCUUAAACAGCUCUCUGGAAGUGGGCCUUGUACCGAGCCAUCGAAUUCUCGGAGUCCAAACUUUAAGCUGUAAAUCCAUUUAAAUGUGCUUCAGGUUUGAUAAUGUUUGAAAUGGUGCAUUCUGAUGGUAUAAUGGUUGGUUUCCAAAUACACACUAAUGACACCCUUGUGUAAUCACAGAAUGGAACUGUUAUUCUCUUUAAAACAUACGUGCAUCAAACGGCUCAGCAAUGGUCUCUUUACAUGCAUUUACGAUUACUUUCAAAGUAUGGGUGCAAUUAGAGAUGCUUCGUUUAAUAUUAUGAUUAUAGAUUAUAAAAUGGACCUCGUUAAAAAGUUAAAUUGCCAUUCUAGAACGGGGUUUGCUAUCAAAGGAUUGCUACAAUAAUUAAAGGGGCUGGUAUUAUUAACCAAACCGUUGUAUUUUGAAGAAACACAUUAGUUCAAAACAAACCCUGUGAGAGUAGCAGACAUAUAAGUGUUUAUGCAAUGUUUGAUAAAAACAUGUUAUUCGGUUGGUCGUGUUUUUCUUAUACUUUAUCUUGCAUUCAUAAAUACCUCAGACAG